AUGUCGUACGCAGCCUCUUUCGGCCACGGCAAUCUUCUACGCAGCCAGAGGCGGCUGGCCGAGGCGGAAGCUAUAUACCGGCAGGCGUGGGACGGUGCGCGGUCGGUCGGAGGCCCGCGACACGCCACGUCCUGCACGAUUGCCGACGCGCUGGGCGCUGUGUGCGAGGAACAAGGCAAGCACGAGGAAGCGGAAGAGAUCUACAAGCAGAGCCUCGCGCCAGGCGAUUUUCGCCUUGAUCGGUGGACAAGUUUCGUCCUCUCUGUCAACUUCCACAAGAUGACAGGCUACGUAUGA